AUCGGUAGUUAGGGAGGCAGGGCUUAUUUACCUGGUUUAGGGCGUAUUUAGCUGGUGUGGAGAUUAUGUGCCUGGCAUAUGGUUUAUUUAUCUGUUUUGGGCCUCACUUUUCCUGCCGGGGCUUAUUUGGCUGGUGUAAAUUUCGACAUUUGCCUGUUAAUGAAACCCCGCCACAUGUCUUCCAAUAAAAUGGGGAAACCAGCUGGUGGGAGAUCAGCAAAAAGUCCUUUCAAAUCACAAAAUCAACAAGGGCCUUCCAGAAAAAAAAAGGGAGCAGAUGAACAAGGAAGAAAACAACAUCAAAAAAGACAGCAGGUCCCUCAGACAGUCAGAAGGGAAGUUAAGGAACUGAAGGACUGUUCCCCUGAAGGAGAAAACUGUUCUUCAAAAAAGGUGAAGCUGUCCAGUGCUACAACAGGAUCUUGGCAGCCUCUCUCAGACAACAGUAGAGUGUUCCUGGAAAAUAUACUGGAUUCAGUACUACUAUCUGUUUUGGCCCAACAGAAGGAGAGAAAAGGUGAUGUUCAGAAACACCUCAAUGUACUGAAAGAAAGGGUGCUGAGAAGUUUCAAGACUUUAAAGGUGCCUCCAGGGAAGCUAGGCAACAUGAAGAAUAUCCUAAGCCUUCAAAUGGCAGAGAAAAAAAUGCUUGAGACAAACGAGGAGACUUUGCUACAACUGCAGGAAGAAAUAACUGAAGUGGAGCAAUCAGCAGAGCGCAUUGAGGAAAAUACACAGCAGCUCCAGUACAAAAUCCAUGCACUCAAAAAACAGUUAGAGGAAGAUGAAAAAGAUUCCAGGAAGGUACUCCAGGAAAAUGGCAGUGGAACACUCUACCUCCCAGAACUCCCCAAGAACAGUUUGCAGGCACCCAUUUUGCAGGAGGAAAUUUUGAAGGUAAAGAAUCAGAAGAGCCUUUUAAAGGAUCUGAAUGCUAUUCAGCAGUCAGCUGACUUGAAGAACUUGCUAACCCUUGUUGAAAAGACCUAUGAGAAGGUGGAUUUGCUUUGAGAAGCCAAAAUGUGUGGUCUCCAUACUGAGUUUGGGAUCUGCUUUCUUUCUAAUGGGCUUAGUGUUGUGACUGCUGAACUUCUGUUAAAACAUUUUUCUGUUAGCAUUGGUAUAUAAAUCUGUAGCUACAUUUUGGGACUCAAGAGAUUUAAGUCAUCUAUCACAGUUUGUUUGGGGUUUUUUCACCUGUGAUGCUGUCUAAUGAUGAUGUAUCCUGUCUUAGGAGAAGGGAGGGAAAUGGAUCCUGGGUUGGUUGGGUGUUUUUACAGAAUAAUGGAACUGUUCCAUUCUAUUUGCACUUCUAUAUCUGUAAAUCACUGGAGGCAGUGUCUUUUACCAAAUAAGCUUUCAUCUCGGGUUUAAUCUUUAAACCUGAAAGAGGUAGUAAAAAUAAACUUAUCUAAUACUUAGUUGCAAA